AUGAAUCCUUCAUCGUUACAUAGAAAGGGACAAGAAGCAAGAAGGAUUCUUCAGGAUGCAAGGGAUAACAUUCGUAGUGCUAUUGGCGUUCCAAGUAAUAAAGAAAUAGUUUUUACGUCUGGUGCAACUGAAGCAAAUAGUCUUGUUAUGAAAGGGAUAGCAGGCUUUCAACAUGUGAUUUCAGCUGUAGAACAUCCCUCAAUUCUUAAUUCUGCGUGCAAUCCACAUAUAAUACCCGUCAAUCAGGGGGGUAUUGUCGAUCUUUUGGCGCUAGAAAGAAUUUUAAGUGAACUUAAAGGGAAUAGAGUAAUAGUUUCGGUUAUGAUGGCCAACAACGAGACUGGAGUUGUUCAGCCUGUUAAAGAAAUAGCUGAAAUAGCACAUAAAUUCGAGACAAUCUAUCAUACUGAUGCUGCUCAAAGUGUUGGAAAAAUUAAGGUUAAUAUGGAAGAUUUAGGAAUGGAUUUACUAACUUUAUCUGCCCACAAAUUUGGCGGUAUAGCGGGCAGCGGAGUUUUAAUAUUUAAUAAAGACCUAGUAAUAGAACCUAUCAUAGUAGGUGGUGGACAAGAAAAAGGAUUGCGUGGUGGCACAGAAAAUAUUGUUGCAAUUGCAGGUCUUUCUGCUGCAUUGCAAAGUAUCUCAAAUCUCCUAUCAAAAAUGGAUGAAAUAAAGGAGCUACGUGAUCAAUUGGAGUAUGAGUUAUUGAAUCUUGCCAGUGGCAUCAAAAUCUUUGGCAAAAACUCUAAAAGACUGCCAAAUACGAGCCUUAUUUACAUGCCAGGAGUGAAAAGUGAUGUGCAGCUCAUGAAUUUUGACUUAAAUAACAUUGCUGUUAGCAAUGGCUCUGCCUGUUCUUCUGGAAAAGUUGAGCCUUCCCAUGUUUUGCUUGCAAUGGGGGCAACAAGAGAACAAGCAGAGUGUUCAAUUAGAGUUAGUAUAGGUCCGCAAACCAAGCCACGAGACAUAAGAAAAAUAGUGGAUUGUUGGUAUUUACGAAAAGAAUAUCUUGGAUAUGCGCAAGUAGUUGACUGGCAUAAAAACUACUUGAUAGCCUCGUCAGCCCCAUAG